CAACGCGAAGAUUUUGAGCUUCUUAAGGCAGUUGAGAACGCGACCAACUAUUAUUUAAUUGAUGAAGAUAAGACGCAGCCACAGAAUACGCGUUGUACGUAUACGCGUCCCCAGAAGGAGUGGAAGGAAUGGUGUGCAGAGAAAGCAUUCCCGUCUAUCCCUCCAGACUGGCCUAAGCCGUACAACCAGGGAGGCGUUCUGCCAGCUCACCUGGUGGAUGAGGGCAAAUUGGUAUGGUUUCUCGACGAGAAAGUCGUCAGCAGGGCACCUAAGACUGGAUCUCGAGCGAAAAAUGAGAGAAAACGCUGGGCCGAAGGCGUGGCUGAACGCAAUGCCAAGAAGGCCAAGACGACCUCUGUUGACGACCCUGCUCGCCCUUCAGCUCCAGAUGACAGCUGUAUCACUGUUGCCCAACGAACGAGGAGAAUAAAUGGCCAGAUGUUAAAUCCAUCGUCACAUCCACGUGGCUUUGCAAACAAGGCUAUUUAUCGCUAUCUUCUGCGACAGACUCACGAGAAAGGACGUGAAGAGUGGGCAGACCGUAUGGUAGGCACCAUUAAAGAUGCCUACUCGCCUGCCAAAAUACCAGAGCAUACUCGUUGUGCCUGGGGAUUGAAAGAGAAGGCGUGUGGACUGCGUACUUCCGUGGAUUUUCUCUUCGGCAACCACAUGUUGUUACGAUCAAGCAACCGGAGGCCUAUUGAGUUAGCCGACUGCUUCUGUCUUGAGUGUCCUAACGAGGGCGUCCAG